AUGGGAGUUCCUACCUUCUUCCGUUGGCUUUGUACUCGCUACCCUAAGGUCAUCAAGGAUGCUGUUGAGAAGGUUUGCAUUGAAGUCCCUGGAGAGGGCGGCGAUGGCGCGAAUACGUAUGAUGUUCCUGUUGACUUCGAAGAGCCCAAUCCUAAUGGGAUAGAGUUCGACAAUCUAUAUCUGGAUUUGAACGGUAUCAUUCAUCCUUGCUGUCACCCGGAAGAUGGUAUGACUCCUGAGAAUGAGGAUGUCAUGUUUCUUAAUAUCAUGCGAUAUGUGGAUCGGCUAGUGCGCAUCGUUCGUCCACGUAAGUUGCUCUAUGUCGCUAUUGAUGGUGUUGCUCCUCGAGCUAAGAUGAACCAACAAAGGGCUAGAAGGUUCAAGGCUGCCCAGGAAGCUACGGAACAGAUGAAGGAAGAGGAGAAGCUCCGUCGGCAGAUGGUGAAGGAAGGGCGAGAGCCACCUAGCAAGAAGGGAGUCCCAUGGGACAGUAACGUGAUCACUCCUGGUACUCCUUUCCUCGACAAGGUUGCUCACAUGCUGCAUUGGUACAUCAGUGAUAGGAUGACCAACGACCCGCUAUGGCAGCUGUUGGGCUUUCGGUGUAUACUCAGUGAUGCUGGCUCGCCGGGAGAAGGAGAGCAUAAGAUUAUGGACUUCAUAAGGAAGCAGAGGAUGAUGGAGGGGUACAAUCCUAACACGACGCACAUGCUGUAUGGCGCCGAUGCGGAUUUGAUAAUGCUUGGCUUGGCGACACAUGAGAUAUCUUUCUACAUCAUCCGAGAGGUCGUGUUGAAGCCCGAGGAAAGGAAGUGUUAUCUGUGUGGCAAGGUUGGUCAUUUGCCGUCAGAGUGUACGGGAGACGACCAACAACCUGAUUUGGGGGAUGAAUCUGAGGAGGAUGAAGACAUGCUCGAGAUGAAGCCUUUCCAAAUCAUAAGUUUGCCUGUUUUACGAGAGUACCUUGUCGAGCAGUUCACGACUGCCUUCUGUCCACCCAAUCAGAAGUGCAUCUUGCCGUUCCCGUUUGAUGUUGAAAGGGUCAUAGAUGACUUUGUCUUUAUGUGCUUCUUCGUUGGUAAUGAUUUCCUACCGCAUCUGCCCUCACUCAAUAUCCGUGAUGGAUCGAUCGACCAGAUGAUAUGCCUUUACGUGGAGAUCCUCCCUACCCUUACUGACUACCUUACCUGUCAAGGGGAAGUCAAUCUAGUGCACCCUCCCUUAGNNNNGGCUAGGAACACAUUCUUCGGACAGUUUCCCAUGUAA